AUGUCUGCAGUAUACCAUCAUCAUGAUUCCACCCUCGGUAGCAGCACCCUAGUCGGCAAGCAGCCUAUUGGCACAGUAUAUAUGGGGUCCGAUCCGCCUACUUCGACACAAGGCGUUCAGAUGGCCUUGACAAUGCCGCCACCUGGGGAAAUGCUCUUUGAAGAGCUUAGCUAUUACACACAGAACGAAGUUCCAGCCCACUUGAUAUUCAUUCCGCAGAGAAAAAUGGUUAACAGGAGCUUCGUGGAAGAGUACUUUCGAAAUCACUUGCUCCGAGAUGUCUAUGGCAGCCCUUCUCGCUGGAGAGAGUCUCUUCCCGCUCGGCCAAAGAUACUUGGAAAACUCAUAGAUGUUACUGACGAGAGGCAGCUAUGCAGAUUCAUAAUCCGUCGAACAGUUACCUAUGCCACUCUCUCGCACAGAUGGGAGCAGGCAGAGGUUCUGAACAGACCGUUCGUGCCAACGACCAACAAAAUCAACGUCAAGAUGCGUUGGGCAGCCCUUAGGAAAACCACGAGAGCGGAGGACAGCGCAUAUUCCUUAAUGAGCUUGUUAGGUGUUAGCAUGCGGUCUGCGUACGGAGAAGGGCGUACUAGAGCCUUUCACCGUCUCAUCAAGGCGGUAAUUCAUGACGUUGAAGAUCUCUCAGUCCUCUACUUCGAUGGAUUGCACCUCCCUAAAUCCGCCGCUUCGUACUACUCCUUUGAUCCCUUCACUGGUUGGAACAUCAAAGAACCUUUCAGUCGCUCCGUUGACAUGCGCAUGGGACGACAAGGAGUGCAACUCAGGGUGCUCGUGUUACCUGCCAAGGUUAGCUUUCGUAAGCCGCACUACACUUGCCAGGGCCACUGGAUCGUUCAAUGUCGCACAAUGAACAAUGCGACCUCAAAGCUAGAGAUGAGGGCUACCGAAGACUGGUUAGAACAUCGGAAGCCCGGGUUUUUCAUCGGCAUCGUCAGCUAUUGUCGACUAGAAGCAACAAAAGUAGUCGCUCUCCCUAAGAAGGUCAUCGCUUACCUUCUCAGAGAUAGCCGAAGUACUCACGAGACGAGCGGCAACGGUUGGGAAACGGAGAGUAUAACUGGUUCAGUCCAGUCUGCAGAGAGGUUGUCCAUUUGUUCUUCUCCGUUGGCGUUUGAAAUUCCUGGAAACCUGCGGAGAGAUAAAAUGCCAAUUGACUCUGCACACUUCUUACUAGACGAGACCUCUGUACAGGCAGAAUACGUUGACGUGUACAUACGCCGUCGAUAG